AUGAGCUCAGGAGGAACUCGCGUGUAUGUGGGCGGUCUCGUGGAGGGUAUCAAAAAAGAAGAUUUGGAACGAGAGUUCGAUAAAUACGGCAAGCUUAACUCCGUGUGGGUCGCACUUAACCCUCCAGGCUUUGCUUUCAUUGAAUUUGAAAACAUGCAGGAGGCUGAAGACGCUUGUAGCGCGAUGAAUGGUUUUGAAAUGCUAGGCGCGACAUUAAAAGUAGAGUUAUCGAGAAAAAGAGACGGUCCUCGUCGCGGCGGCGGUAACUUUAGAGGCGGUCGCGGGGGUAAUUUCAGAGGACGCUCAUUCGGAGGUUCCCCGGGUGGUCGAUCUUUCGGGGGCGGGCGACCUUUUAACCGUAACAGCCAAGGUAACGGAUAUGGUUCAGGCAACGGUGGAAAUUUCAGAUCUAGGUCACCACUCUCUCGAUUUUAA